AUGGCGAUGAGGAAAGGCGGCGGCGGCGGCUGGAGGCGCCGGUGGGCUGCGGCGCCCCCGGCAGAAGACGGCGAGAGGGAGACCCCUCGGGAUGAAGGCUCCUCCGUUUCAGCGCUUCGGCGUUUAGAGCGCAGCCAGUGGACGGACAAAAUCGAUGCGCUGUUUGGAUUUGAGCGAAUGAAGGAGCCCGCGGAAAGGACGGGGUGGUUGAUCAACAUGCACCCGACAGAGAUUUUGGAUGAAGAUAAACGCUUGGUCAGUGCUGUGGAUUAUUAUUUCAUUCAAGAGGAUGGAAGUAGAUUCAAGGUGGCUUUGCCCUAUAAACCAUACUUCUACAUUGCAGCCCAAAAGAGUUGUGAUCGAGAAGUAUCAUCCUUCCUUUCCAAGAAAUUCCAGGGGAAAAUAGCAAAAUUGGAAAUUGUCCCCAAAGAGGAUCUGGACUUGCCCAAUCACUUGGUUGGCCUGAAACGAAGUUAUAUCAAGCUUUCUUUCAACACCGUGGAUGACCUGAUAAAAGUCCGCAGGGAGAUUACCCCCGCGGUGAAGAAAAAUAGAGAACGGGACCAAGCUUUGGACACUUACACCACCUUGCUGACUAGCGCUCUCACUGGGCACAGCUUGAACCAUGAGGAGGAGCCCUCAAAGAAGACCGCAGACCAGAUGGACAACAUCAUAGACAUGCGGGAAUAUGACGUGCCCUACCACAUCCGUCUGUCCAUCGAUCUGAAGAUUAACGUGGCUCUCUGGUACAACGUUCACCACAGGGGCAGCAGUUUUCCCCCUGAGAUUAUUCGACGGGAUGACAUGGUAGAGCGACCUGACCCUGUGGUUCUUGCCUUUGACAUCGAGACUACGAAACUCCCUUUAAAAUUUCCCGAUGCAGAAACAGACCAGAUCAUGAUGAUCUCCUACAUGAUUGAUGGCCAGGGAUACUUGAUCACAAACCGGGAGAUUGUUUCGGAAGACAUAGAAGAUUUCGAAUUUACUCCCAAACCCGAGUAUGAGGGCCCGUUCUGUGUAUUCAACGAACCUGAUGAGGCUCAUCUUAUCCAGAGAUGGUUUGAACAUGUUCAAGAAACCAAGCCAACUAUCAUGGUGACAUACAACGGAGACUUCUUUGACUGGCCUUUUGUGGAAGCCAGAGCGGCCGUCCAUGGGAUGAAUAUGCAGCAGGAGAUCGGGUUCCAAAAAGACGGCCAGGGAGAGUACAAAUCCUCGCAGUGCAUCCACAUGGAUUGUCUUCGGUGGGUGAAGAGAGACAGUUACCUCCCAGUGGGCAGCCACAACUUAAAAGCAGCAGCCAAAGCGAAGCUGGGUUACGAUCCCGUAGAGCUAGACCCUGAAGAGAUGUGCCGAAUGGCCACUGAAGAGCCUCAGACUUUGGCCACCUACUCAGUGUCAGAUGCUGUUGCCACCUACUACAUGUACAUGAAGUAUGUCCACCCUUUCAUCUUUGCCUUGUGUACAAUCAUUCCGAUGGAGCCUGAUGAGGUCCUGCGGAAAGGCUCGGGGACCUUGUGUGAGGCACUGCUCAUGGUCCAAGCCUAUCAUGCCAACAUCAUCUUCCCCAACAAGCAAGAGCAAGAGUUCAACAAGCUUACAGAGGAUGGGCACGUGCUCGACUCGGAGACCUACAUUGGGGGCCAUGUGGAGGCCUUGGAGUCUGGCGUCUUCCGUAGUGACAUCCCCUGCCGCUUUAAAAUGAAUCCGGCUGCCUUUGACUUCCUUCUGCAGCGUGUGGAGAAGACGCUCCGCCAUGCCGUCGAGGAAGAGGAGGGGAUCCCCUUAGAGCAGGUCACCAAUUUCCAAGAGAUUUGUGAAGAGAUCAAAGUUAAGCUGAAUUCCCUGAAGGAUGUUCCCAACAGAAUUGAAUGUCCCCUCAUCUACCACCUGGAUGUGGGAGCCAUGUAUCCAAACAUCAUCUUAACCAAUAGGCUGCAGCCCUCGGCUAUCGUGGAUGAGGCAACCUGUGCUGCUUGUGACUUCAACAAGCCCGGGGCCAGCUGUCAACGGAAAAUGACUUGGCAAUGGAGGGGAGAAUUCAUGCCAGCAAGCCGGAGCGAGUUCCACCGCAUCCAGCAACAAUUGGAAUCGGAGAAGUUUCCUGCCCUUUUCCCCGAUGGGCCUCCCCGGGCCUUCCAUGAACUGCCUCGAGAAGAUCAAGCUAAAUACGAGAAGAAGCGAUUGGCCGAUUAUUGUCGGAAAGCUUACAAGAAGAUCCAUGUGACAAAAGUGGAGGAACGUGUCACUACGAUUUGUCAGCGAGAAAACUCCUUCUAUGUAGACACAGUGCGAGCUUUUCGAGAUCGUCGCUAUGAGUUUAAAGGAUUACACAAGGUGUGGAAGAAGAAGCUGGCAGCUGCCACCGAAAUGGCCGAUGCCUCGGAGGUGAAGCGUUGCAAGAACAUGGAGAUCUUGUACGACUCCUUGCAGCUGGCACACAAGUGCAUCCUCAACUCCUUCUAUGGCUACGUCAUGCGCAAAGGGGCCCGCUGGUACUCUAUGGAAAUGGCUGGCAUUGUCUGCUUCACUGGCGCCAACAUCAUCACUCAGGCCAGGGAACUGAUUGAGCAGAUUGGGGCACCUCAGGAGGGUUUUACAAACACCCAGUACCAAGAGCUGGUGGACCCAACAUCCCUCAAGUAUGUUUCCCGCUCCGAGAACAGCAUCUUUUUUGAAGUAGACGGGCCUUACCUGGCUAUGAUUCUUCCAGCCUCCAAGGAGGAAGGCAAGAAGCUGAAGAAAAGAUACGCUGUGUUCAACGAAGACGGCUCCCUGGCUGAGCUGAAGGGCUUCGAGGUGAAGCGACGAGGGGAGCUGCAGCUGGUGAAGAUCUUCCAGUCCUCGGUCUUCGAGGCCUUCCUGAACGGCACGACCCUGGAGGAGGUGUAUGCGUCAGUCGCCAAAGUAGCCGAUUACUGGCUUGACGUCCUGUACAGCAAGGCAGCUAACAUGCCCGAUUCCGAGCUGUUUGAGCUGAUCUCAGAGAAUCGAUCCAUGUCUCGGAAGCUGGAGGAUUACGGAGAGCAGAAAUCCACGUCCAUAAGCACAGCCAAGCGCCUGGCGGAGUUUCUCGGGGACCAGAUGGUGAAGGACGCUGGGCUGAGCUGCCGGUUUAUCAUCUCCAAGAAACCGGAAGGCUCCCCGGUUACAGAGAGAGCCAUCCCACUCGCCAUUUUCCAGGCUGAGCUCUCGGUGCGCAAGCAUUACCUCCGGAAGUGGCUCAAAAGCCCUUCGCUGCAGGAUUUUGAUAUCCGAACGAUCCUAGACUGGGAUUAUUACAUUGAAAGACUGGGAAGCACAAUCCAAAAGAUUAUCACCAUCCCAGCAGCCCUGCAGCAGGUGAAGAAUCCAGUUCCCCGUGUCCGUCACCCGGACUGGCUGCACAAGAAGCUGCUGGAGAAAAACGAUGUGUACAAGCAGAAAAAAAUCAGCGAGCUCUUUGUCAGCGAAGGCAAAAGGCAGGUCUCCAGUAACUUACCCAGUGAGAAUACCCCAAACAGUCAGGUGGCCGAUAUGGAAGAUUUUGGGGUCACCAAACCUCUGCAGCCAGUGCCCCCCAUAUCGAGCAAGCGUAAACGAACCCUCACCGCAGAGGAGAGCCAGCAGCAGUCCCAAGCUCUGGAGCUCACCCAAUCCUGGAGGGAGAUCCUGGGACCCCCACCGCCCUCUGGCACCACUAAGGAGGAACGCCUGCUCUGGCUGCGCUACCAUAAAAAGAAGUGGGAGCUGCAGGCCCGUCAACGCCAGGAGCGCCGGAAGAAGCGGAGGCUGGCCGACGGAGAAGCAGCCCCAGGGGGCGGAGUGAUUCGGGCCGGGCCCUCCAAGGGCCUGAGCAAUUUCCUGCGCAAGACCGCCCGGAGUAUCCUCGACAUGCCGUGGCAGAUAGUCCAGAUUGCUGAGACUGGCCAGCCAGGCCUUUUCAAGCUUUGGGCUGUAAUCGGGAGCGAUCUCUACUGCCUGAAACUGAACGUCCCACGAAUUUUCUAUAUCAACCAGCGCGUUCCUAAACCUGAAGAGAGCACGGUCUAUAAAAAGGUGAAUCGAAUUCUUCCUCGUUCCAGCUUGGCCUUCCACCUGUACGAGUACUCCGUGUCCGAAGAUAUGUACCUGGAGCAUGUCAAUGAGAUCAAUGCCAGCCUCUCUGCUCCAGACAUUGAGGGGGUUUACGAGACCCAGGUGCCGUUACUCUUGCGGGCCCUGAUUCACCUAGGCUGUGUCUGCAUGGUGAAUAGGCAUUUGGUGAGGCACCUGAGUGGCCGGGAAGCUGAGACCUUUGACCUGGAGCACCUGGAGAGGCAGUCUUUGGCACAGUUCAGCUACUUGGAGCCAGGGAGUAUCCGGCACAUCUACCUCUAUCACCACUCCCAGGGCAGCAAAGCGUUGCUCGGCCUCUUCAUCCCUUCCCAGCGCAAAGCCUCCAUCUUUGUGCUUGAUACGGUGCGCAGUAACCAGAUGCCAAACCUCGGCAACCUGUAUUCUGCUGAGCACGCUUCCAUGGUGGAGAAGGUGGGCCAAGAGCUGCUCCCCCCAGACAAGCACCUCUUCGAAGUCCGAGCCGAAACAGACCUCAAGAGCAUCUGCAGAGCGCUCCAGCGCCUCCUGAUGGGCUACAAGGACGAGCGUCGGGGCCCCACCCUCAUCGCUGUGCAGUCUAACUGGGAUUUGAAGCGGCUGGCCAGCGCCAUGCCGGUUCUGGAGGAGUUCCCCCUGGUUCCUGUCCAAGUGACAGACGACAUCAACUACAGCAUCCUGGACUGGCAGCGCCAUGGUGCCCGGCACUUGAUCCGCCACUACCUCAAGCUGGACCUAUGUCUGUCUCAGGCCUUUGACAUGAGCAGGUAUUACCACCUCCCCGUCGGGAACCUUCCGGAUGACGUCUCAAUCUUCGGCACGGACCUGUUUUUCUCUCGCCAUCUCCAUCGCCACAAUCACCUCCUUUGGCUCUCGCCCACCUCCCGCCCGGACAUGGGUGGCAAGGAGGCAGAUGAUAGCCGUCUGGUCAUGGAGUUCGACGAAAGGGCCUCCGUGGAGAUCAACCAUCCGGGCUGCUAUUCCACAGUCUGUGUGGAACUGGACAUCCAGAACCUGGCUGUGAACACCAUCCUGCAGUCCCACCGCAUCAACGACAUGGAAGGGGCCUCCAGCCUCUGCAUCAGCUUCGAUGUGAUCCAGCAGGCAUCGCUGGAGGACAUGGUCACGGGCAACCAGGCGGCCAGCGUCCCCGCCAGCUACGACGAGGCCGCUCUCUGCUCCAACACUUUCAGGAUCUUGAAGAGUCUGGUGGUGGGCUGGGUGAAGGAGAUCACACAGUACCACAACGUCUAUGCUGACAACCAGGUGAUCCACUUCUACCGCUGGCUGCGCUCCCCAACCUCCCUGCUCUACGAUCCGGCCCUGCACCGAAUGCUCCAUGGCAUGAUGAAGAAGCUCUUUCUGCAGUUGGUGGCAGAAUUCAAGCGCCUCGGCUCCGUGGUCAUUUAUGCCAAUUUCAACCGUAUCAUUCUGUGCACCAAGAAACGCCACAUCGAAGACGCCCUGGCCUACGUCGAGUAUAUCACCAACAGCAUCCAUUCAAAAGAACUCUUCCACUCGCUGGCGAUUUCCUUUUCUUGCUGCUGGGAGUUUUUGCUGUGGAUGGACCCAACCAAUUACGGUGGGAUCAAGGGCCAAGGGCCGUCCGGGACCCACGGCAAUGAGGCGGCGAGGAAUAAACAGGCAGCAGAUGUAGCCAACGAUGAAGAAGAACAAGAAGAGGAGGAACAAGAAGAGGACUCGGGAGAAACCGGCAUCGUGAACCAUCUGGAAAACAACUGGAACAUCAUGCAGUAUUUGCCCCAGGCAGUUUCCUGUCAGAAUUACUUCCUUAUGAUUGUGUCCGCAUACAUCGUGGCUGUUCACCACAGCAUAAAGGAGGAGAUGCAGAGGAACGUCUCCGGAGGCACCCCGGUCAGGAGGCGAGCCGGCAGCCAAGCCUCCCAGGAGGCCGUAGGGGAGACGGGGACCAUGCCAGGGGCCAUCGCCUUCUCGCAGGAGUACGUCUCCAACGAGCUGACCCAGAGCUUUUUCACCAUCACGCAGAAGAUCCAAAAGAAAGUCACCGGGUCUCGCCACACCGCAGAGCUCUCCGAAAUGUUUCCAUCCCUGCCUGGCUCGCACCUGGCGCUCAACAAUCCUGCGCUGGAGUUCAUCAAGCACGUCUGUCAGGUGCUGUCUCUGGAUGCCAACAUCACCAACCAAGUGCAGAAACUGAAGCGCGACCUCCUGCGUCUCAUCGAUGUGGGGGAAUUCUCCAAGGAGGCCAACUUCCUCGACCCCUGCCGCUCCUACGUCCUCCCGGAAGUGAUCUGCAGAAACUGCAACUUUUGCAGGGACCUGGAUCUCUGCAAGGAUCCGGCUCUCUUUCAGGACGACUCUCCGCUGCCCAGCUGGCUGUGCUCCAACUGCCAAUCUCAGUACGAUUCCGACGCCAUCGAGAUGGCUCUGGUGGAAGCCCUGCAGAAGAAGCUGAUGGCCUUCACCCUGCAAGAUCUGGUGUGCUUGAAAUGCAAAGGCGUUAAGGAUACUCACAUGCCCGUAUACUGCAGUUGUGCCGGGGACUUUGACCUCCUACUACCCACCAAGAGCUUCCUGGAUCAUUUGAAGGUUUUCCAGGGCAUCGCUCGGCAUUACGGGAUGACCCACUUGCUGGAGAACGUCCAGUGGCUGCUUCAAAUGAAUCCCCAGCUUCUCUCCUGAGAAAGGAAGCCCGUCCUGCUUUCGGGCAGAAGCAACACCCAAGGUGCCCAGUUCUCCUCCUUGGCCUGGCUGGGA